UUUCGACGUCGUACGCAUCAUCUAGAGCCCUCAAAAAUCGAGAUAUCUCCCCCAAAAGACGAACCCGCUGCCGAAUCCUCCCCCGCCGUCCGCUUCAAGUCGACGGUACAGGAGAUCACCCCUGAAGAUGCAUCGCUCCUCGCCAACACAGACAAUGUCUCACUCGGACAGCCCGGACGGGUCACAUCUGAGGAAAUACGUGAUCUCUCUGAGCGAUUGAGGAAUUGUCCGCUCCAGGAACGCCGCAUGAACAUUUUCUCAUACGAGCCAGUAUCGCUACCAGUAUCCAGGGUACGCCUUGUGGGGUGGUCUCAGAACUUACUUUGUCUUUUGCUUUUCAGGACUGCAUCGCGCGACGAUGAUUCUCGGGAACCGAGCCGGGAAGCAACAAGAAGUUCGGCGAGCCACCAGGGCUCACCGCACCUAAAAGCAAGCAGUUAUAUGAGGAGGAGUCCAGAAAUGCAUACGCCACCGCUGACACCGGCCGGCACGGACAAUGUGGAAGCAGGACUGAAGAGAGAGCCGGCCGGAAACCAAGAUCGCCUGGGUCGCAUGCCAGAUAUCAUCACGCCUCAAGAUUCGCUCCACGAGCCUGCACCUGUCAAUCCUGCUCGUCUAUCCGUCCAGCAUCAUUCUACAACGACCGAAAAAGAGCGGGUGUCACGGAGGCCCGCGACGUCAGAUGGAAGAGACCAUUCCGCUCUCGGUGACCACCGAAAGGGGUUGUUCUCGCUCGGCGCCGGGAGUGGUUCCAACUCACCCGCCAGCUCUGUCCCACCGUCUCGCGAUAGCAGUCCGUCCCGCGCAGCCGCUGCCUCGCUGUUCUAUUCCCGACAAGCACCGCCAACUGGAGAGGCUAAUGACCCCUACGCCGCGAGCAAGCGUCAAACACCAAAACAAAUUGAGUCCCGCUUCAUGUUCACCAGGAAAAAGAACAAGAACGCCUCGCCCAGUUCAUCGACCCUGAGCCUGCCCAGAAUAUCCGGAGACAAGCGCCUCAACAGCGACGACAACGUUAUCCACAGCCGAAAUAGCUCCAUGGCGGAUCUGAAGAGGUUCUUCAAGCUGGGGCCAGGCAGCAAGGUCAAGCGCACCUCAUCACCAGCAGCUUCGGUUCGGUCUGGUAUCAAGACGCCAAAGGGCGGCCAGAUUCCAUUCGACAACGACCACGGUCUCACUUCCAAGUAUGGAAAGCUUGGAAAGGUGUUGGGAGCUGGAGCGGGUGGUUCUGUGCGGUUGAUGAAGCGCGCCGAGGACAGCACCGUGUUCGCCGUCAAGGAGUUCAGACCCCGCCACUCAUAUGAGACGGAGAGGGAAUACGUCAAGAAAUUGACGGCCGAGUACUGCAUGGGGUCUUCUCUGCACCACGGCAACAUCAUUGAGACGCUUGACAUUGUCCAGGAGAAGGGCAAGUGGUACGAGGUGAUGGAAUACGCGCCGUUUGACCUGUUUGCCAUUGUCAUGACGGGGAAGAUGGCGAGAGAAGAAGUCACUUGCUGCUUCUUGCAGAUUCUGAGCGGUGUUACGUAUCUUCACAGCAUGGGGCUGGCGCAUCGGGAUUUGAAGCUUGACAACGUGGUGGUGAGCGAGCGGGGGAUCAUGAAGAUAAUCGAUUUUGGUAGUGCCCAUGUCUUCAAAUAUCCUUUUGAGACGAGCACUGUUCUUGCUUCUGGUAUCGUCGGCUCAGAUCCAUAUCUUGCGCCUGAGGUCUACGACGAAAAGAAGUACGACCCACAAGCGGUGGAUAUCUGGUCGUUGGCCAUCAUCUACUGCUGCAUGACGCUCAGACGCUUCCCCUGGAAGCUUCCCCGUCUUACCGAUAGCUCGUUCAAGCUCUUUGCUGCCGAUCCAACGCCUGGUCACGACCCGAAGAAGCUCAUUCUUCCACCAUCCGCAUCCAUGACCGCUUUGAACAACACGCCUGAGAGAGCUUUUGUCGAAGGACAACCUGCGCCUGAAAAGUCCAAGAGCGAGGAGAAGCGGCCGUCUGGCCAAGACGGCGGCGAAAAGAAGGAAGUCAUCCGCGGCCCGUGGCGUAUCCUUCGACUGUUGCCCAGGGAAAGCCGGCAUGUCAUUGGGCGCAUGCUCGAUCUCGACCCAAAAACGCGCGCUCAGAUGAGCGAGAUUUUGGAGGACCCUUGGGUGUCAGAUACAGUUAUUUGUCGGCAGGUUGGACCGGGGCAGGUGGUUAAUGCUGAUGAUCACACGCAUGUGUUGGAGCCGCCUACGCCUCCUGCUCCAAAAUGA